GACAGAUACAGCCAUAGAUUGCACGCAUAUGCUCCUGUUGCACGUCAUAGCAUGAAGUUGUGUCUCAUUGUUUCAAAAGCACCUGCUCCAACCUCGUUCUCCUCGACAAUUUGAAAAUUGUCGAGGAGAAGACCCUGGGGACGAGGUUGACACCUACUCUGGUAUAACUGGCCAGCGGCAGCUCACGACACAGUAGGUAUUUUUAGAAGCAUCGUUGAAGUUUGUUGCGGAAAGAAAGAUUCAUGACUUUACAGAUAACCACCGUUUUUGGAUUAGUUUUUCUCUGAACUAAACUGGGAAGGAUAGAAAGGAGACGCCCUUGAAUAGUUUCUUUGAAGGAUUCGGACCUUUCUUCUUCCAUGUUAGCCAAUUCGUCUGUGUUGCCAAGUUUGCCAAACACAACUUUGCCACCUCGAACAGAAAUUACACCCGGAUUAGUGGGAAAUGAACGGAUUUUCUUCCAAACUGCCACUGCUCGUGGGAUAUCUGGGAUCUUUGUGUGGUUAUCUUUGAUUAUAACAUGCCAUCAGAUUUAUCAACACUUGAAAUAUUACACAAACCCAAGUGAACAGCGAUGGAUUGUAAGGAUCCUUUUCAUUGUUCCUAUCUAUGCAUUUGAUUCAUGGCUGAGCUUGCUGUUCUUUGAACAAUCAUAUUAUGUGUACUUUGACAGCAUCCGGGAUUGUUAUGAAGCAUUUGUCAUUUACAACUUUUUGAGUUUGUGUUAUGAAUAUUUGGGUGGUGAGAUGUCAAUCUUGAGUGAAAUAAGAGGAAAGCCAAUCAAAGCCAGCUGGUUAUGGUGUACAUGUUGUCUGACGGGAUGUCAAUACACAAUAGUUUUCCUUAGAUUCUGUAAACAGGCCACACUUCAAUACUGUGUUAUAAAACCCAUCAUGGCAGUGAUCACACUUAUUCUUCAGCCACUCGGAUACUACUCAGAUGGAGACUGGAGAGCGGACCGCGGUUAUUUGUACAUUACAAUAGUGUACAACAUUACAGUAUCCUUGGCACUGUACGCUCUGUUUCUGUUUUAUCAAGCUACAAGAGAUCUACUUAGCCCUUACUAUCCAGUGUUAAAGUUUUUCACCAUCAAGUCUGUUAUUUUCCUGUCUUUUUGGCAAGGUGUCCUGCUAGCUGUGUUAGAAAAGGCGGGUGCUAUCCGCACUUACCACAAUAUAUCUGCUGGAACAAUAGCUGCCGGCUAUCAGAAUUUCGUGGUGUGCAUAGAAAUGUUCCUGGCCGCCAUCGCUCUCAGGUUUGCCUUCCCUUACUCUAUUUACCGCCAUCAGAGAAAACUUGACGAGCGGGGGCAAGGAAUCGCCUUGAAAAGCAUCUCGAGAAAUCUCCGGCAGACAAUUAACCCAAAAGACAUUGUGGACGAUGCAAUACACAACUUCUCCAGGUCUUAUCAGCAUUACGCUAACGCACAGAACUUGAAAAGUUUCAACGAGGAGAGUGCUAUGCACGGGAAUUCGGUGACAUCUUAUCGGAGCACUGUGGUGGAUAACUUGGACUCCAUCAGGCCAGGCAUGCAGGUUACUGUUCUUGAUGGGCAUGGAUACAAGUAUGAUAAUGAGAAUUCUACACUGCUAGAUUCUGACGAGGAUUUUUAAUUUCUAUGAUACGUUCUGGCGAGUGAACAAAGUAGAACCGUACAUCACUCUAAAGAGGAUGUACGAUCGGAGGGUCGCGAAGGGGUUAUGCGUGAUUUGGGAAUGUGCGUGUUAUACGUGACGUGAGAAUGCGUGAAAAAUCAAUGCGUUAAACGGGAUCACGAUGCCCCUUUUCUACCCUUGUAUAUAGUUGUAUUAAUUUAAGCCUAGCAGUUCAAUAUGAAAAAUACCCUCUCUGCCAAAGCAGUCACAAAAAACUUAAACCUUAAGUACGCAGUAAACCAACUGAAUGAGAACGUGAAAAAUACACGUGACCGAUGCCAAGCGCGGGAAACUACGCGUAACCAAGCCGCGAGUGGGUUGGUUUUGCAUCUGAUUGGCUGAGUAACUGACGCGAAUUUUUUUAAAACCAGUCACAAGAGCGUAUUAAAAACCGCUAUAUUAUAGGCGAGCGUUACUUAAGAUAUUAACAUCCAGUUUCUCUUUACUAUUUCAUGGUAUAUUUCAAAAGAUAAGUCUUGAGAAUAAACGAGUUGAUCAAGUCUGAUCUAAAACAAGUUUCUUCCCAGAAGAAUAAGGAAAUUUUUCUAGCUGUUCCUGUUCAGUUACGUAUUUAUAUCCAAGGAAAUAUGCUCACAGGUUUUACUCAUAAAGUAUUAAAACUCAUGUAAAUAGCAUAAGAUUGUGAUUACAAGUAUUUAUAGUUACGAGCGGUUAACUCCCAGCUCAUUAAGUGUAAAAAAAUUUGACCAAAAUCUCAAAUGUAGCAUGAAGUAUCUGAACGAAAAGUGACACUCAAGACACAUGAAAAUAUACUAGUGUUGUCAACGUUUUUAAUUUCGUUUUUCUCCGAAAAUCUUUUUCAUAAAAGUAUUAAAAAAUCUAAACUGUAUUCUUAUGAGUGUUUCAGUUUGUAUUUAGGCUGUAUGAGGCGUUUUUAGAAUAUAUUCGAUAUGUGGUUGCACAGAAAUGUAGUUACUACGGAGUACAAGUUUCCAAAAAGAAAAAAACGUGUUACAUUUUCAAAAAUGUUUCCUUGAAAAUACUUUUUUUCUAUCUCAGGCGAACCCUCGAAAUGUCGGCUUUUAUCGCCAAAGAUGAUUAUUUACCUUAUCAACUAAGUUGUAAGAACUUUGAAAGUGAUUUUUAAGACGUGCUUUUCUUUGUGUACGUAAUUUUCGUUGCAUUGCACUUGAAUUAUAAAUUUUAAUUUUAGGCAAGAAUUUAUUUAUUCGUACGCAUGAGAUUCUUUUCAUUUUAUGGCUGUAUUUUUUUUGUAAGAGUGAGUGUAAAUAUUGUCAGUAAUUAUUACCUUCAUCAUGCUAAUAAAAGUCAAGUGCUAUUGUA